ACAGAAUGGCGGCUCUUUUGGAAUCGUUUCUUCAGGGAGAUGUGGAGUUGUGCAGAGUUGUGAACUGGCUGCGAGGAGAAACUGACUGUAGCCAAGACCAAGAUCUGCCAUCAACAGUCAAGAAGCAGGAAUUUGUGGCAUUCCUCCUGAACUUUCUGAGGGAUCAGAGCAGUAACACUCUGACUCAUGGCCCCAGCACCCCAGCCAAGACCCCCAGCACCACCAGGUCUCUCAGAGCCCAGGGCUCGUCUAGCGAGCGGAGGGCAUCAAACAGAACAAGUCAAGGUUCCCGCAGUGCCAGCCGAGUCCAGCUCUUCUCGUCUUCUACCUCCACAUCGCAACUGGACAAUCCAAGUGAGCAGGACAGUUCAUUCGUGACCUCUCCGAGUCUUCCUGGCAUAACCGCUUUCAGCAGCCCAUCGUUUAGCUCGGGAUGGAGUCCAGUUCCUCGAUACUUGGCUUCUGAACGUCGAUCUGCUCAGCGCCAUUCUCUUGGUGACUUUAUACCUUCACCUUCAGACACUCAGGCCAGCCCGACGUUUCAGCCGCAUCGAGGGCGCAGGAGAAGCAGCGGGUUUGGAGCGUCUGCAUCAAGCCGUCAGACUGGAGCCCGCAGUGGCCAUUUGGCAGAGGCUGGCGGCUGUGACGGUGCAGGAAGGAAAGAAAGAGGUGGUGGGAGGACUAGUGAUUCGGUGUCACCCCCUACACAAGUGGAGCUCAACUUCAACAAUUUGGAGGACUUUCCCCCAGUGACUGCAUCUCAUGCCACCCCUAAAGCAACAAGACCAUCACGGCGCAUCAAUCCAACACCAGUAAGUGCAGAACGACCGAAUUCUAAACCCAAGAGCUGCUUUACCUCCACACCCCUCAGCAAGCCAUGCAGUCCUUCCUUCCCGGAGGCCAUGGGUACUGGGCAGACUACUGGGAGCCCACUUUGUUUGCAGGAGGAGAGAGAGCUACUAAAGAAAGAAAGGUCUAAACUUGCACAGCAGAGCAGCUCCCCACUGAAGCCCAGUGCCAGUGUUUGCACUCCCACCAAAUCAGUAGUGAAAUCAGGCUCAAAGGUGACUCCUGAUCCCAAUGCACCCUGCCCUGACCCCACUAAAGUGACCCACGCGCCAGAGCUUGAGCUUUUAGCUGAGCUGUACUGUGCAUGUAUUUCAGAGAACUUGGUGCCGUGUGUGUUCCUGGAGCUGUUCUUUGUGCUGCAGCUGCUGACUUCAUGGAGUGUAUCAACCUCUGAACCUACAGAAGUGCUUCCCAGUGUAUGUGAAAGAAAGACAGAUGUUUGCCAUUUUUCAGAUUAUCUUGGAAGAGCUUAUUUGGGAAAUGUCCACAGCUGUGUGUAUUUUGCAGUGCGAGUUCUGGAGAAUCAGUUGCCUUUGCUUUCACAUCUGGACCACUGCACACUGCGCCUCCUAGCAGAGAAUGAAAGAAUUGCCACUUUCUGUCCCGUGCUGCGAGAUCGCCUGGCACAAGCUCAGGGUACCUGCAUAGCUAAGGUACUACCAAGCCAUCCCACCUUCAUUCAUUCAGUGCCGUUCCAGCCAGCCACUGACAACCGAACUAACUUCAGCAGUGAUAAAGCCUUCCACAUCUUUAAAAAACAAAGAGAUAUUUUUUACGAGCUGCUUAGAGAGUGGGAAGAUUAUCAUAAGGAGCCAAGGUGGGAGUUUGAGACAGCACUAGGCAACCGGGUCAGGGGAAUGGUCAGUCAGUUGACUGUAGCAGGAAACCAUGGUCACUUUGCCAGGCUUUUCCAGAAGCAGCUGGUUCAGAUGUGCAAGGGCCACACUGAGCUCGGCUCUCCUGGUGAUGCUCCAGAUGCAGAUCUGCUGGGCAUGGUGGGGGCAGACAGCCUGGGGAGGCUGAAGCGCCUGCAAGAGCGUCUGAUCCAGCCACAGGCUCUAAGUGGCCCAUGCCCUCCUCCGUCUUUCCCUGGAUACCAGGAGUUCUUCAGAGAUUUCCUACAGAUAGCUAGCUGCUGCCAAUUGAACCAACACCUGAAGGAUGGGUUGUGUCAGCAGCUACUGCAGUUGAAUGAGGUGUCUAUCCUGGGCCCUGAUGGCUCCCCGACCACAGGAGAGGAAGGGGGUGAUGGAGACAUGGAGCAACAGGAUGAGAAGCAGCGCUUUUCUUCAGUACUCCUUGUGGCUCGACUUCUUGCCAAGUUCCUGGGCUUCAUUUCUUUUAUGCCCUACCAGACCUCCGAGGCACCAUCCAGAGAGAUCCAGGAGGCUGCUAUCGCUCUGCGCAGUCAGAGCGCCCCAGCACUGGACGUCUCUGCAGUUUUGACGAGUUGUGUACGCAGGAAACGCACUGUGCUUACUGUUCCCUGGCUGGUCGAGUUCCUCUCCAUGCUGGACUACACCGGGCCAUUUCUGCCCUGCUACAGAACUGCUCUAGGCCUCCUACUUCAAAUCUACAGGUUUGUCACAUGCAACAGAUAUGAUGGGUUUUGUAUUUGUAAAUGUUCCAAGCGUAUGUGUGUUUGUGUUAGGAGGAUGAGAUUGGGUAAAGUUGGAGAGCAAUGUUACUUGAAUCAGAUGUUGUUGGUGGCAGUGCUGGGUUGGCUUUUCCAGAUCCCAGUCUUUCCAGAGGAUCUGUUCUUUAGCAUUAAUGUGCAGGAACUAGAAGACCUGGAGAAUCACAAUAGCAGUCAAGGGCUGGACAAUCUGCCCUUAGUGGAUCAGCAGCUUCUGUAUACCUGCUGCCCAUAUUUAGGGGAGUUUCGCAAGUUGUUGGCAGCUUUUGUGUCAGGAAGUGCAUCCAAGGCUGGAGGCUUUAUCCGCAAGAUCACACCUACAUCUGCUGAGCCCAGAGGUCCCCCCAUCACCCGCUCUCAGCAGAAACUACAGCUGGAUCUGGAGCAGGCCUUCUUUCAUAAUCAGCCUCCUUCACUUAAACGUACUGUGGAAUUUGUGGCUGAACGAGUUGGAUCGAACUGUGUCAAACAUAUCAAGGCUACUUUGGUGUCUGAGCUGGUGCAGGGUGGAAAGAAGACUCUCAGGGAUGGUUUGGGUUCAGAUAAUGUUAAUGCAGCCAAGCUGAAUGACUCGAUCUGUGCUCAGCUUUGUGACGCAGGCAUGCAGGCCGUGGAGAGAGCCACCAGGUUUUGCAGCGAGAAUGCUCCAAGAGCCGUAAGGGUUCUUUUGCCUGAUGAGACAUCUCAACCUGUUCUGACAACAGCCGAGAGCAUCACCACACGUCUGGCAACUGAGAAAGCCUGCAGCUGGCUCUCCUCCCAUAUAACAGCGUUUAUAAAAGGGGAAUGGAAAAGUACUUUCGAACGGGUGAUGAAGAAUGCACCGUGUGUUACAAGCAUCGAGUCUGUGGAUGCAGGAGGAUCUGGAAAGAGUGGACAGACACAGAAAAGCUCUUCAGGACAGGAUGCUGGGUCCUCAUGCCCCAAAGAUUGUUCCCACAAAGGUCCGCUGGCAUCAGAUGUUGUUAUUGAGAUAAAGGAGGUGCUGAGCAUCGCAGUAGGGCCCAGUUCUGAAGAGGAAGUUUUUACAGUGAAGCGGAUUGGCUCUUUGCUAGAUAAAGUGGAACAGACACUAAGAUGUAGAAAGUUCAUGUCUUCAGUAGCUGAGCAGAUGCUCUUGCGUUGUACUGUCUUGUUGGCCUGCAAGUUAGUGUCUGGAGAGCUACCCUUGGUGACCCCAGCUGGGGGUAACAGGAGCGAAGCUGUCAAUGUUGAAUCUUUAUUGAAUGAGUUGGUUGCCCUGUGGACUCGUAUUCCUUCAGCCCCUGUGACUUUUCACCUUCUCUUCAGUGAGCUGACGCUCACUGCCAUCAUCAAUGCCAGUGACCUGCAGAGAUAUAACUACCUGCUCUUCGUUAGAACGCUUCUAGAGAAAGGCCUUCUGAAAGAGGAAGAAUUGGGCUCUCACUGGGCAAGGCUAUCAGAGUUAUCUUUUCCAGUGGAAUUCAUUGAGGAUUUUCAGAAGCUGUCUCUGGCCUCUCCUCCUUCAUCAGUGCCUGUUGUGAAAUCUAAUGACAUAUUGCAGAUCUCCCAGUGACCAAAAGAGGGAGACACCCUCCACUACGUGCCAAAUAUACAAAGGAAAACAACUGAUCGCUUUAGCUGUUUUGAAUUUUAAAAUGAUUUUAAACUCUGUUUCCUAUAUGGCGAGCAUUGAUACUGUAAAAGCACUUGCCUAAAAUUACUUGGCAAUUUUCUGAUGCACUGCAAAUUUCUUUACAACAUCCUCACAGGUGUUAAGCCUUAAUGCUUCCAGCGUGCGUCUUGUACAUGCCCUUGAUCAAGCCAGUUACAGUGUCCUGAAACCUGAUGUGCUAUAGAAUAGCAUUUGGUCCUCAAAGUAGCAAUUGCGAUCUAUUUGCGCUUCAGAUUGGGAUUCCUCUUUAAAUAUUUUUAUGGAAAUAAGGUUAUAGAAAGAGAGCUGUGUUCAAGGGGAAAAGCUAUUUAAAAUGUCGAUCAUUUUGGCCAUCGUUUUAACAGAGAGCUUUUGGGAAUGUUUGUAUAAUCCUUCUAAUUGGGGAAGAGAAGUGGUGCAAUAGAUCCAGGCAGUGCAGUUACUUGGAUCGUGAGUCUAAAAUACACUACAUGCCCAAACAUUUGUGGACAAACCAUUACUACACUUGUAUGUGCCUUUGAACAUUCUGGCUACAAGAACAUUUAGUGAGGUUGGGUGAGGAGGCCUGAGGUGCAGUCAGUGUUCCAGUUCAUCCCUGAAGGUGUUCAGUGGGGUUGAGGUCAGGGCUGUGUGCAGGCAACUUGAGUUCUUCCACACCAACCUUGACAAACCAUGUUUUCCAUGGACUUUGCUUUGUGCACAGGGGUGUUGUCAUGUGUGCUUUCAACUUUGUGGCAACGUUUUAGGGAAGAUCCACAUAUGGGUGUGAUGGUCAGGUGCCCACAAACCUAUGGCCAUAUAGUGUGCAUCACUUAUGUAUCGAUAUUAUAGUUAUGCAUCCUUGAGAUAUGUACAUUUCAUAAGUGCGUGAGUCCAGUACAGAGGUGCAGGGGACGUCUUGUACACCUCUCUGGGAAAAUAAUAUAUCUAGGCCUAAAAGGACAUGCAGUAAAGUACAGAAAAUUGCACUGAUGGACACUUGCAUCAUGUUAACUCCUUUUAUGUCAGGCAUCUGAUUGUGUGAUAAUCUUAUCCAUAUUCUAGAUGUACGUCUUUAUGUAUAAAUGAUUGUUGCUCAGAAUGCUUUGGAAUGCAUUUUAAUGGACACUUGGUUCAUGUUGGACUUGAAUGUUAUCAGUUGGUUUUAAACGAUGUUUAAUAUAAAAAAUAUAAUAAAUGUUUAGUAAUUGGU